AUGAUACUUGGCUCCAGUGUUGAGCUUGUUCUGAAAGACCCUGGUUUAUCUGAUCUGCAUGUGUCCAGGAAGAUAGUGGACAGUCUUUUGCCACCUGCAGCUGAUAUCAUAAAACAUCUAAGCCCUGAAGCUCCAUCCUCAGCUUACCUUCAGUUGCUAGAUUCUGCUUUUGGCAUUGUUGAAGAUGGGGAUGAACUCCUAGCAAGAUUUAUGAAUACUCUCCAGGACGCCGGUGAGAAACCAUCCGCUUACCUGUAUAGAUUGCAGACAGCCUUGAGGGUGACUAUCAAAAGAGGUGGUAUUACUCCUGAUGAGGCAGACCGGCACCUUCUCAAGCAGUUUUGUAGAGGCUGCUGGGAUAAUGAUUUGAUUACUGAUCUGCAGCUAGAGCAAAAGCGCAACCGUCCCCCUUUUGCGCAGUUUCUGCUCAUGCUACGCACAGAAGAGGACAAGCAUACAGCAAAGGUCACUCGUAUGAAGCAGCAUCUUGGGUCUUCUAAACAGAGAGCUCUGAUGCAUUCCCAACGAACGUGGGUCUCUGCAGAACCUGAGAAAAGAGAAGUUCCAGGAGUGGUUUCACUUGCCACUGAAACACAAGAGCUCAAGAAACAGAUUGCUAAGCUACAAAGUCAGUUAACCAAUCUUAUGACCAAACCAAAAACCCAGAAGAAAUUCCCACUGCAAGAAGCAGCAGACAAACAGUACAAAACGAAGGUAGGAACUGCCGGUAAUGUGAGUGCGAAUCCAGUCAAUAAGAAACCAACAGGCAGGCCGAGGCCAUGGUACUGUUUUACAUGUGGCGAGGAUGGCCACGUUGCAUCUUCUUGUACUUCUGAACCUAACCCUGCACUUGUCAUUACCAAACGCAAGCUCCUAAAAGAGAGGCAGCUUCAGUGGGACGCUCAGAACCCCACACCCAACCUUGAUUUAAACUAA